GCCAUGAUGAUUAGCAAUAUUCACAGUAUCGAUAUACAUAGUACUAGCGAAUUUCAACACUAGCAAAUCCUUUUUUUGGGCAAAAUGCUUCACUUCUUCUCCUCGCAGGUCUUGCAGUCAGAGCAAUUGCAGUCGUCCUUGCAAGCACACCGUCCGCACGAGCACACGGAUUCUGGCUUCUUUUCUUGGCAAUGCGAGCACGAGCAUCCUGCUUCGCAAACACAGCCCUUAGAAGAUGAACACGAACAAGGCAUUUUCAAUGAAAACUAAAUUUGG